AUGGCUUCCUCAUCCACUACACCGUUGCCGCUGCAAGGCAAGAUUGCCCUCGUCACUGGCGGUGGUACCCGGGGAAUUGGCGCAGAUACUGUCAUCGAGCUCGUCAAAGCCGGCGCAAGGUGAGACAGGACUACAGCAUAGGACCCCAUCAACCACGCAUUGAGCUUUCAGCUCACCUGACUUGUUACCUUUGCUUUGGUCCAAAAAAAGCGUUGCGAUAGGCUACCGAUCCAAGGCCAACCUCGCCGAAGAGGUUCAAGCCAAUUGCAAGCCGCAUCUUGCUCAAGGCGCUCAAGCCUGGAUCGUCCAGGGUGACAUCUCGGAUGCAAGCAGCGCACAAACCUUUGCAAAGGCCGCCCUCGACCUUGUUGGAGGCAAGAUCGACAUCUUGGUGCAGUGCGCAGGAUACAUGUACAUGCAUGGAAUUCAUGAGCUCAAGGAAGACUCGUGGCAUGCUCACCUCAGCGCCAAUGUGACGGGUGAGUUUCGUACGCUGCGCCGAGCUUGGCUGAUACACGAAUGGGCUUACUGUGCUGUCUUACUAACGAUGUCGAUCCGAUGCCACAGGUCCUCUAUUCCUGACCCAAACGUUACUGCCAAACAUUCGUAACGAUGGCAGGAUCAUCCUCUUCUCCUCCACCCUCACGACCAACUUGGCCAAUUUUGCUCCGGGCUACCUCUCCUAUCUGGCCUCCAAGGGAGCUCUCGAACAGGUCGCCCGCAUGCUAGCACGCGAUCCUUCCAUCUCGGGAGCAGAACGACGCAUCACCACAAACGUCGUCGCUCCAGGACCAGUGGCGACGGAGCUGUUUUUGAGGGGUAAAAGUCAAGAGGUGAUCGAUAGGAUCGCAAGCAGCGCACCUGCAAAGCGUUUGGGCAAGACGGACGAAAUUGGAAGCGUUGUUGCUUUCUUGGCAAGCCCUGCUGCUGCUUGGGUCAAUGGUCAGACGCUGCGAGUCAAUGGUGGACUGAUGGUCUAGUCGAGUUCAACCUGGACCUUCCUUUGCCGCACGUCCCCACUGAUCGCUCUUCGUACGAGAUGGUACAAUCACACACUCACAAAUUCAUUAGUAAGUGAUUCUACUCCCGAUGGAGCCCCAUCACCUUCCUCCACGCCCAAUGCUCGAUUUCCAACCGCUCUCCAGACGGCUAGUCUGCGAUUUAGGCGAGAGAUAGCUCACUCGAAAAGCACGGUGCUCCUGGAGAGUCUCGUUGCUCCGCUCUCGAACGUGAAGUUUUCCCAAGAAUUUCGAACCUAUUGCGUGCCGUGUGGCCCUCGCGAGGGGCGCUCGCCACAAGGUGCUUGGCUUGGUCCAAAUGCAUCCGAAAGCGAACUCAUCCUUCGUGCAACCACGAAUUGUAGACGCCCGCUGCUGCGACCCUGAAUCGAUUAGAAUCGCUCUCAAACGGGCGUGUCAUCUAG